CACUGGGCGUGGUUGCUGGUGCUCAGCUUCCUGUUUGGGUGCGAUGUUCUUAGGAUCCUCCUCCUGUCCUUCUCAUCAUUCAUGUCCAGGGUGCUGCAGGCAGACGCAGAGCAGGAGUCACAGAUGAGAACGGAGAUCCACAGGAUCUCUCCAAGGUCCAGGUAGGAACUCUCCAUGGUCAACAUGAUGGAGGAGUUUGCCAGCUAUGCCAUGCUAGAAAGAAAGAUCAACAAGAUGAUGGAUAAGCUCAAAACCCACGUGAAAGCUCAGACAACUCAAUUAGCCAAGAUAAAAUGGAUGACAAGUGUCACUUUCUAUGUAUUGCAGGUUGCCCUGAUGAUCUCACUCAUUUGGAAGUAUUAUUCUGUCCCCGUGGCUGUUGUCCAGAGAAAAUGGAUAACCCCUCCAGACCACCUGGUAGCCUUUCCUACUAGAAUAGCAGGUGGUGUUGGAAUUACCUGUUGGACUUUAGUCUGUAACAAAAUUGUGGCUAUUGUGCUUCAUCCGUUCAGCUGAACAGGAAGAUGGAU